AUGGCUACGACCAAAUUGAAGAUCGAACCGCCACUGCUCAACUCCGCCUGCCCAUGGGCCACGACCCUCGAAGACAUCAAAGCACUCUAUGACAGUCCCUUCACAGGUGCAGUGACAAUCCGGACAUCUCUGCUCGAAGGUUUCAGCCACGACGAUUCGAUCCAUCAGUACACCUUCUUCACUCCAGGCAAGACCAUUCCCAGCGAUGCUCCGAAAGGCGAAGAAUCGAAACCUCCCUCCUCGACUUCAAAUCCUUCGGAACCGGUCUCAACCCUUAACACCUUAGGAUACUCACCGCUCACGCUUUCUGAAUAUCUUGGCAUAAUCAACGAAAUCGUCGGCCAACGCCACCUCGGCACUGACACACCAACCAAAAAACCAUUUAUCCUCUCCGUGACGGGCACGGCGGAUGAGAUAGCCAUGGCCUACGCGCUCGUGGCAAACGCCGCAGAGAUGGACGAAGACCUCCGUCUCGCCAUGGAAGUUAACCUGUCUUGCCCGAAUAUCGCAUCCGCACCGCCCCCGGCCUACGACAAGAAAGAACUCGACGAGUACUUGGAGGCCAUUUCAGACUCGAAAUCGACAUAUCGCGGACGCAUGACGACGCCGGAUUCCACCCCGAAAGUCGGCCUGAAGCUGCCUCCAUAUACUUAUUCUGGCCAAUUCGAGAUGGUCGUCGACUCACUCCGGAAAGCAAAGUCGUCAGAGCCUGGCGAAGGUAGCGUGAUUGACUUCAUCACCUGUACCAAUACGCUGGGCCACAGUCUUCUCCUGAAUGCAUCGCUCGAACCGGUGCUGAACAGUGAAUCCGGUAGUGGACUUGGGGGGUUGGCAGGGGCGGCGCUUCACCCAUUGGCACUAGGAAACGUGGCCACGUUUCGAAAACUGCUUGACAAGGACCCUAUGACGAAAGGGAUCAUGAUUAUUGGUGUCGGCGGGGUCGAGGACAAAGAUGGUGCAGAGCGGAUGAGGAAGGUCGGGGCGGGAGCCGUGGCCUGUGCCUCAGCGCUAGGCAGAUAUGGCGUGUCUGUCUUUGAAAAAAUCACCAAGGGAAACUGA